AGUGUUUUGCGAGGACUAGCCGCUCCUUCAGCGUUCUGCCAGCACACUGAGUGGCAGUUUCCUGGAGCUGUUCUGUUCCUUCUGGAGUGCAACAGAUCCCGUUCAGAACCUAUUGCCAAGAGCCCUGAAGCAGGACACACCAUGCAGUGCUUCAAAUUCAUUAAGGUCAUGAUGUUCCUCUUCAAUCUACUCAUCUUUCUCUGUGGUGCAGCCCUGUUGGCUGUGGGAAUCUGGGUGUCCGUCGAUGGGACAUCUUUCCUGAAGGUCUUCGGAUCACUAUCAUCCAGUGCCAUGCAGUUUGUCAACGUGGGCUACUUCCUCAUCGCCGCUGGUGCUGUGCUCUUCAUUCUUGGUUUCCUGGGCUGCUAUGGUGCUCACUCUGAGAACAAGUGUGUGCUCAUGAUGUUCUUUUCCAUCCUCCUCAUCAUCUUCAUCGCUGAGAUUGCAGGUGCUGUGGUUGCUUUGGUGUACACCACAUUGGCUGAACAAUUCCUGACACUCCUGGUGGUGCCUGCUAUCGAAAAAGACUAUGGUUACCAGACUGAUUUCACCCAAGUAUGGAACACUACAAUGGAAGAGUUGCAUUGCUGUGGCUUUAACAACUACACAGAUUUUAAUGCCUCACGUUUCGUCAAAGAGAAUAAAGUCUUCCCCCCACCCUGUUGUGCCAACCCUGGCAACCAUACAGUUGAACCAUGCACCGAGGAGAAGGCCAAAAGUAUGAAAGUACAGGGUUGUUUCAAAGAGAUUCUGCAUAGAAUCAGAGCCAAUGCAGUCACUGUGGGUGGUGUGGCAGUUGGAGUUGCGGCCCUAGAGCUGGCUGCCAUGGUUGUAUCCAUGUAUCUAUACUGCAAUCUGAAAUAAGACUACUACUUCCUCCUGACUUGCUGCCGUCACAUGGAAACCAGGAAGAGGCACUUGGCACAGCUAAGCAGCAGCAAUGGGUGGAGAUGAAAUGUCAUUUGGGCUGGAAUGGAUUUGCCUUUGCUGCUCAGGGACUUUGGGCUAAAUAGGGACCACCUCGUGGGCUUUGUCUGCCUUGUUCUUCCACUGGUGGGGUGAGGGGGGCAUCGGUCCCAGUCUCAGAGGCAGCCAAGUCUGCCCAUUUCCUGAGACUCUUGAUGAUCCUAGCACUCCACUAGUGGAUGAAGGCACUUACAGCCUGGGCAUUUUCUAACACUGUAAAGUCAUUGAAGGAAUGUAUAGAAGGCAUUUUGGAACCUAUAAACCAAUGAAAAUAUUUCUAAUUGACCUGUAUAUGCUUGGAGAGAUGGGUCCUGAUUGCCUAAGUUGCACUGACUUCUGUGAAGCUGGAGACUCAGCAGGGUGGGAGGGAAGGGACGUAGGUAUCUGGUUCCAGCCUGGGAGGGAGAGUAAAAGUGUCCAAGAGUACACUGAGGAAGGGAGAGCUGCAUUGGUCUGCGUUUAUGUACCAGGAGGGCUUUGCGGUGAAAGUUCUCCCUCCUGGUGAAGGGCACUAGACUGGAAAGCUAUGAAAAUAACAAGCUUGUGCCAAGUCAGGGCUGUGUGGGUGGAGUCACUAGUUGGAGCCCUCCAGGAACUUAGAUAAGUACGUCUAAGCUAUAUGCCCUACUUUGGGGAAUCUCAAAAUCAUUUAUUCUUGGCCUAUCCAUUGCUCUAAAGAUCUGUAUACUUUGGGGGGUGUAUAUAUUUUAUUGGGGGGCAGCAAAGGGGGACACAAGUUCUUCAGCAAUUCCAGACUUGUGCCCUAAGGGCAGAUGGACACAUCGGGUAUGUUUCCAUCAUCUUCAUCAGGAACUGGGCAGCUGAAGAGUGUGGCCUGCUUGAUCUUGGUGGCACAGUUAAUGCAGGGGCUGAGAGCAUAAUUAUAGCACUAUGGCCACCGUUGGCACUGGCUCUUUCACCCAAGCAUUCUUUUUCCUUUGUUUCUGAAAAAGGGGUCCUCUACCUCCUGAAUGCUGGGAUUAAAGCUGUGCACCAUUACACCUG